AUGUUGUUGCUUCUGUUCGCUUAUUUGUUCGCUUCUGUCGACAGUUUGGUGACCUGCAGAAGAUGUGACCGCCUGAAUUCCUACGAGCAACAGUGAGGAUUCUACUAUGUAGACUAGCUUUUUGACAUUCUGAAAUUUGAAAAAACAUUUUCAUUCUUUACAAGCUUUGGGAAGGUUUGAAACAAUUGAUGAACGUUUUUUUAAGUUUUCAACCUUUUAAAGUUAACCAAUUAUAAUAAAUCAGAUGCGAGUUAGAUAACUGCACCGGAGAUUAUUGUUUCACUGCCGAGUACUUCUACGGGGACACGAUCGAUUCUGUGACUCAAAUGGUUUGAAAUUGCAAAAUCGAACUGAUUCCGGGGUUUAGGGCUGCAUCGUCGGAGCUUUGCCUUCUGAAGGCUGUCGUACGAAUCAAUACGGCAAUACUAUGUGCUUCUGCGCGUGAGUCCAUCGUUUAAGAAUCUUUCAAGCUUUCCUUCAUAAUUUUUUUCUCUUUAGCCGUUUUUUAAAAUUUAUAGAAUUAAAAUAGACCUUUUCUCAAAAUUUUUCAACUAAUUUUUUUUUUGAAAUCGUAUUAAAAUAGAUGCUACUGAAUAGUAUAUUAACCCUCGAUUUCAAGUUUUUCAACAUCCUCCUCUGGAAUAAAGACUAAGCCUUUUUCAAUUAUUGAAUUGGAGUCAAAAACGGGUUCGCAAACAGAGUUUUCAUGGUUCUGUAAAGUUUUUAUAACUUUAUCUGCAAGAAACGUUGAAGUUUCAAAUCAGAACCCCCAACUGCAACUACAACCAAACGAUGACGACGGAGGCGCCUUCACGGCUUCCCCUGCAGACCUGCCAACCUCGCCGUCAAGACAACAAUCCGCCGAUCCGAUGGCGGCGUCCCUGUGCCGCCAACUUCUGCACCUUUGUCGGCAGCGAAGUGAGAUUCCCUCAGAGACUUUUGUAUAUUCACGACACAACUCCAGUUCAACAUCUCCAACGAAACGUUCAAUUGGAGCGACUCCGACUGUUCCAUGGAGAACGACUUCGAUCUGUUCUCCACUCACACCGUCUUCAACUUGUAUCCCGAGUCCUGCGUCCUUCUGCAGUACGGAGGACAGCCGAGGCUCACCGCUUGCUACGGUGCCAAUGUGAGCUCUUUGAAGAAUUAUUUAGCGGUUGCUGGGGACAAACAUGGCUUUUUUUGAGAGCACUGUAAAAAUGAAAAAAAUAAAUCUGGGUAUCCUAGUCUAAUGUCGGAGCCGAAAUCUUAUUAUCUGGUACAAUUUCUUAAUGAACUUUUUGAGGGUAUCGAAGAAACGGCGUCUUUCGAGAUUUCGACGCCAGUCGUCGAGUGCUACGUCGACUACUUCUCUCCACUUUUGCCCUAUGUCCAGACCGGCGGAACGUGCUUCGGCCAGUUCUGCUUCAUUUCGGCGACAUCGCGAGGCGAGGUCUACAGAGGAUGUGCUUCUUUGGACCAAUCUUCUGCCACUCAGCAGCUCGGAGUGAGACAUUUUUCACUUUUUUUUAAUCAAUCAAUCAAUCAAUUUAUUUUCACAAAGACCACUAGAAAGAUAACUAACCGCACCAUAAUAACCUCAUAUAUAAACCAAGCCGGCUGUGAGUGGACUAUUCUUGAAAAAUCACUCAUUAAGGUGGGCUACACGCGCUCCUACACCGGUCUAGAACAAUGGAUUUGCGACAGUAGUCUUUGCAACAUCGACCUGAGGUCCGCCGAGCAAUCCUGGCCUGAGGAACUCGCCGAUUACAAGUAA